AUGGCCCGAGCCCCAGUCGGCGACCAAAAAAAUUCCUCCUCUUCGGCACCGGAAUUCCAAGUAUCGACAACCACAACCACCACCAGAAUGCAUCUUAUGUACACCCUCGGUCCCGAUGGCAAGCGUGUCUACACCUUGAAGAAGGUCGUUGACGGCAAGGUCUCCAAGUCCGCCCACCCCGCUCGCUUCUCCCCCGAUGACAAGUACUCCCGCCACCGUGUGACCCUCAAGAAGCGCUACGGCCUGCUUCUCACCCAGCAGACUGAGUCUUCUUAA